AUCAAACAACGAAAGAUCACAGCAACAACAUUCCAAUUUCUUCUUCUCCUUCUUCUUCUUUACUUAUUCUUCUUAUCCUUUUAAGUUGAUACAUGGAGGAUUGUGGAGGAGGAGACCGGGGAGGGCAUAUUUUGGACUUAACGGGUCAGUUCGCAACGGGAGUUGACUCGCCGAUAAGUCUCAGCUCACCGGCCGGUGAUGGCCGGAGAAUGGUGGUUGAAAUGGACUUCCUUUCGCAGGAGAAGAGCUGGGCAAGGCCUGCACCGGAAGUAAAUGUUCCAAAUCUAAGCAUCAAAGAGGAGGACCUUACUAUCAAUACUGGGCUUCACCUUUUUUCCGCAACAGAGCAGUCGACAGUGGAAGAUGUGAUAUCGGCGACGAUGUCUGAGCAGAACAAUGAUGACGUAGGAAAGAGCGAGGUUGGCAUUACAAAGCUUAAGAGUCUUAGAACAAAUAAUUCAAUCAAUUAG